AGCGCCUAAUCUAUUGGAAGUGAAACUUCCGACUCGUAUAGACGUAAGCCUCGGGGGGUGUGUCUGGAAGCAGAGGCAAACAAACAUGGAGGUUAUCUUUCAUGAGAAACAAGAGGGUUCCUUAUGUGCCCAGCACUGCCUCAAUAAUCUUCUACAAGGGGAGUAUUUUAGUCCUGUCGAAUUAUCUUCUAUAGCAAUGCAACUAGAUGAGCAGGAGAGAAUGAGGAUGGCAGAAGGUGGCGUAACAAGUGAAGAUUAUAGGACAUUUGUGCAACAGCCAUCUGGAAAUAUGGAUGACAGUGGGUUUUUUUCAAUCCAGGUUAUAAGCGAUGCCUUGAGCGUAUGGGGGUUAGAACUAACUCUGUUCAACAGUCCAGAGUAUAGGAACCUGGGAAUCGAUCCUAUAAAUGAAAAAGCAUUUAUUUGUAAUUAUAAGGAGCACUGGUUUACAGUAAGAAAGUUAGGAAAGCAGUGGUUCAACUUGAAUUCACUUUUGACGGGUCCAGAGUUGAUUUCGGACACCUACCUUGCACUUUUCUUAGCCCAGUUACAGCAGGAAGGUUAUUCCAUAUUUGUAGUUAAGGGUGAUCUCCCUGAAUGUGAAGCAGAUCAGCUGCUACAGAUGGUUCAGGUGCAGCAAAUGCAGCGGCCACGUCUAAUAGGAGAGGAUGCUGCAGCAAGAGACCAACGUAGAGUGCAAAGAAGUGAAGCUGGAGUAGAAGGUGACCGGUUAUAUAAUUCCUCUGCUAUGGUGGAUGAGGAUGACGAUAAUCUCCAGAAAGCACUUGCUCUUAGUAGACAGCAGAUUGACAUGGAAGAUGAAGAAGCAGAUUUACGGAGGGCAAUUCAGCUCAGUAUGCAAGGUGGGCAUCAAAGUGAUAUUACAGAGCCACUAGUGUCUAAUACUCCACAGUCAUCAGGGAACAGUGAGCCCGAACCUCUCACAUCAGAGGAACUUCGGCAAAGGAGACAAGCCUACUUUGAAAAGCAACAAGUAAAGAUGGAACAUCUCAGCUCAAAGGGACUAAAACAAACUACAAAUGCACAAACUAUGGACUCUGAAGCUGACGGCGCGAGUGAAGAAAACAUGUUAAAAGCUGCCACAAAUAUGUCUCUGGAUACAAGGAAACAGAGCUCCAAAUCUGCAGAAGAGAACUGACCAGAUGCUUUGCACUAGACCCUUGUUCUGCAGUUCUGUGUGAGUGUUGGCAAAGGUAGUGAGGACAUAUAAAUAAAAUUUUACUUCUGGACCACGUAUGCUUGGAAGAAUUCCCAGUGCUUUUAUGACUCUUAUUAUGUAUGUUUUUGUUUCGAGAAUGGCCUUUGGCUUUGCACUUUCCCAUUUUUAUUUCACUUUAUAUUAUGUCAUAAAUAAGGUUUGUUAUACAAUAUACCCGGUAGCAUAAUAAAGGUUUGUGUAAGGCUCCCCAUGACCAAACAAAGCUUCCACAUAACCAGCUUAGACAGCUGUUUUGCCCCAACAUUUCACUAACCAUUUCUCAUAUGACUGACCUGUCAGUUUCUAGAGAGCCUUCCCUGGAAAUGGCAUUAGAAUGUAUCUUGGAUGCCUCUGCCAAUGAAAGGUUAAUGGUGCUUCUAAAAAUGUUUACAAAUAAUUUCUGUUGUUGAUGUGUGGUACUUAACUCAAGCUUUGUGUUGUGUAAUAUAUGUGACAGUACACUACAAGUGCUAAUUCAGCUUGAGGAGUAUGAGGUAUAAGUGACUUGAUAUAAUAUCUGGGAACCCAUACAAUGCAUGAACAACAGGGUCUUACAAUUUUUGGUUUGCAAGCAUGCUGUAUUGAAAUAAGCGAAUGAUAAGGAAUGAGUAUGUAUAGAAAGCAUAUAGGAAAUGUGUAACUAACAUUUACCAUUACAAAGAGGUUCAUGCAUUAUAACUAUCACACUUGUAACUCAAGCUAUAUAUAUGUUGAAUGUUUAAAUUUGUAUUGUACUCAGGAUGGUUGUAAUUAUACAUUGAUUGUGCCAGAAAAAUGGCGCUUAUUAUUAUGUUUGAAAUCAUAUUUUAUACAGCAGUCAGAGUAAA